GAUCUGGUCACCUUAAUUUGCCACCCGCGUGCCACCUCUCAUUGUCUGCAUUUCUCGUCGCGACGCUCAUCAGAAGGUCCGCUCGUAGAGUCGUACGUCGUACGAACCAGGUGGUUUGGUUUCAGGGUAGCGAUUUCACAUGAGUCACGUCCGCUCACUAUCCACAAGCGGUUCCUCCAUUGCAGCGAUAUCUCCUCAUGAUUUGUAUAACAAUGCCAAGCUUCAAAGGGCCACAGCAACAAUUGAUGAGCUCACUGAAGCGCUAGCUCAUUUCACCUCGACGAACUCAUCCGUCGAAGACGACCUUCUGCGCACGGACCCAGAGUGUCGAUGCAAUCACGCCGAGAGUUCGAAUGGAAGGAACUGCGAUACCGUCAGAGCAUGGCGUAAAGAUCGCAGCCAAUUAGAGGAGAAGCUCGUAUUGUGUGCUGAGAUCGGACAGGCACUCCUCGAGAAGCAUGAAGCCUAUGCUGCAGAUCAUAGCUCGAUUCAAUACAACACUGACGAACGCAGCAACAACCUGGAACGAUCUAAUGAACGACUCCUUUCUCGCCUCGCCAACACACUCAAGGCCAAGGAAUCCUCGGACGCACGAUACGCACAAGCAACUCUCAACCUCGAAGUUGCUGAAUCUUCCAACCGCACUCUGUUAAGGGAGGUUCAGGACGCGCGAGCCGUUAUCACGCGCCUGUCUGCGCAUGUAACUAGAUCUGCAGGGUGGGAGGAAAAGGUGAUGGCACUCGAGGAACAGCGUGACGAAAUUUUGCAAGAGCGGGAUGCUGAAAUUGGGCGAGCAAAAUCGUCAGAGGCGAAAGUCUCUUCACUAUCAGACAAGUGCGCUUCGCUUCAGACGGAAGUGUAUAAGUUGCUUGACCAGCUCAGUGAGCAACGGUCCCCUCCGCGGGACAUCUCUGAGCAACUCAUACACGAGGCACGCGCAAAAUUGGAAGCAAUGUAUCGAUCACUUGAGAAAGCUCAUACAUCAGACAGAGUUGAACUCACGAAGAUUCUUGAAUCACUUGUGUCAGCCAACGAGUCACUCAGCCAUGACAACAUCGAGCUGCAAAACCUUCUCGCAGAAGCGCGUACUGAACAACGUGCUUUGACAGAAGAAGUGCAGGAAUAUAGAGCUACCGCUUCCUCCGGCUGUGCAGUGGAAUCUCUGCUCAGAGCUCAUUCUCCCUCCCCUAGUUCGCCUCUUGGCCAAUUCAGUCAUCGACUCACGCCUGUGCUCGGACCUCGAGCGUCGAGCCGACGUGCGGGCGAGCCUUGGGGCUCGACAUCCCUUGCCUCUUCACCCCCUCCGUACCAUCUUGGGUUCAUGGGGAACAGUCCACCAAGAACUCGCAAUCUUGCCUUGCCACAUCAUAUACAUCGUGGCAUUCGACGUUCAAGUCGGUCACCAUGUGGGCGCGAUGACGGUGCGCAACCGGUUUCACCGAGGCUAACACCGCACCGAUCUGCGUCUCCUGACGGAUCCGCUGGGUUCUGCAACACACGAGCCAACCCCACGGAUCACCCUGACAACUCCCAAGCGUCCCUCACAGAUGAAGGAUUUUCUGGGUCGCAAGCCGAAGAUAUGGACUCCAUUUUCUGCGGGAUUCCUCGCAAGCGCUCCUUGCGAUUACUCAGCCGCUCGCGAGGUGUCCAAACCGACCAUGAGUACACUCAAUUUAUACCCCAUCACCCCGCGCGUAUUCCGCCAGUACUGCCAAUGAAGGGGACCAUUCGGAAACUUCGUCCCUCAAUCCAACCGACCCCGCCCCCAGUACUCCCCAGCCCUGACUGCCAGGCUGACGUCGAGACUUUGACUGCACGACUCAAAAGGCAACACAUCGCCGGUGGAGACGUUGGCCAUCUUUCCCGAACAACGAUUAGAUCAAUCGUGAAUGACGCAGGCAACCUGCGCAGCCACCUCAAAGGGGUGCUGGAAAUGGAGCACCAUGAUAUGACCAGGAAGGAUCUGAAGAACAUGCUAAGAUUCUCAAAAGACGUGUUUACGGAGCUUGGGAAGCUGAGGUCGACCGUCAAUGAGAUUAUUCUUGAUCCAUCCGCUGCAGCGGGAUUGGGUACUCCGACGGACCACUCACAAGAAAAGAGCGCCACUAUGGGAUGGAUUGCGCCAAUUUCAAAAUUAUUCUCUGCCUCUACAGAAGCAUCGACCCCCAAUGCGCAGGUCCGAAGAAAUGCCGUUGCUAUUCCAUCCAGCAGUGGAUCACCGAAACGUCGCGUCCCGGCGCGCACAGCCCCGAAACUCGCUGCAGCUGUGUCUUCUUCACCUGCAACGGUCAACGUUGAGUUUUCAAGUUCUCGCGCGAAUCGCGUAGUCUCUUCAACUGCCGAAUUUCCGACACGAAGUCUCGCUGGCGGUGGCAUAUCGACUUUACCUUCCACUCCGACCAUAACCACGGCCCCAGGAUUUCGGACUCGUCGCGACGAUCUGUUUGGGAUUUUUGCUGGUGCUUCUCAGAGCUUCACCGACUCGGGCGAAUCUUGGGUUGUCCUGCCUGGUAAAUCAAGCAAGGGGAACAAAAUUCGUCCCGCUCAGUCAACAGCUGAUUUUGGAAGCCCGCUUGCGACUCCCAAGGGUCCCUCGCGCAGAAAACGUGUGCCUCGCAACGUGGAUGCGGUGAUCGAUUCAAUGAGCCAGAGAAGUGUGAUCCUCGAGCACUCUGCAGCCGAUUUUGAAGAGGAGACCGAUGAGGUUGGAGAUGACAACCGAGAUGCGUAUCCGAAUCCCAGACACACAUCCGUCACUCGACUGGUCACACCUGCCGGUCUUGCACUGUCCUCCCCUCCACACAGUGCAGAUCCAGAGACAACCUCGUUUGGUGCCUAUGAUCGCCAGUCUGCAAUGCGUACUCUGACACACAAGGUGUCAAGUUUGGCGUCCAGUUAUUAUGGUACUAGCUCACUCGGGAAUGCAUCCAUACCUGGAUCCUCAUCGUCUGGGACUGGUAUCAAGACUGAACUGACACAGCGCAACACUCCCCAAUCACCUCCACCUCGUCCUACGCCUGGGAAAGCCGCGAACAAGCAUCGUGCACCAAGUGCUCAACUUUCCCUGAAUGAAGCUGCUUCUGCAUCUCCCAUUCGAAUAUCAGGACUGAUUCCAGGGCUCUCUGCAUGGGGGCGUGCCCUUGAUCACACUGAAGGGACGUGCGAGAGGCAGAUCGCCGGUGGCAUCGGGAACGAGAAAGGUUCUGAAGGAUGGGGAGAACCAUAUGCUGCUUCCUUCUUCGAGUUUCGUAUUUCGUAG